AGACAUGCAUUAAUUUUACACACAGACUGCAUUUCACCAAUGUUAUUUAUACUUAUCUGUAGUCAUAUGAUGCAUGACGAAUAUAAUAAACACAACAACUAUGUUUACAGCUACAAGCCAGGACAAAUGAUUGAACUUGUGGCUAGACUUACUGCAAACCAUGGAGGUUACUUCCGGUAUUCUAUUUGUCCACUGAAUCAUGGAAAAGAACUGGAAACUAAAGAAUGUUUCGCUAAGUAUCCAUUGAAAAUGGAAGACGGCAGCUAUAGAUAUAUAUUAAAAAACCUCAACAGUGGUGAAUAUAAAAUGAAUGCCUAUUUACCCAAGGAUUUUACUUGUAAGCACUGUGUUCUCAGAUGGGAAUAUGUUGCUGGGAAUAAUUGGGGCAAGUGUGAAGAUGGUACACACAAACAAGGUUGCGGACCUCAAGAAACCUUUAAAUCUUGCUCCGAUAUUCGUAUUGCUUAA